AUGCCGAGCGAGGCUCCGAAGAAGCUGAUCGGUGGCCACAUCGAACUCGGCCAUGUGUUGGGCACUGGCGGCUUUGGUAAGGUGUACUACGCCUACGACAUGAAGAAGAACGUGAAUGUGGCCGUGAAGAUGAUUGACAAGGAGUUGGUUCGUAGUAGUGGUAUUCAAUCCUACGUGGAGCGCGAGAUCGAGAUGAUGCGCAAGAUCAAGAACCCGCACGUUGUUCGCCUCCUAGAAGCCAUAGAGACGUCCAAGGCGUACAACUUGGUGAUGGAGCUGGCCCCGAACGGCGAGCUGUUUGACAAAAUUGUCGACUCACAGCGCUUCGACGAGGACACGGCGCGCAACUACUUCCAACAGCUCAUUAGUGCCGUGCACUACUGCCACGCGAUGAACAUCGUGCACCGUGACCUGAAGGCGGAGAACCUGCUGCUGGGUGAGAACAACGUGUUGAAGGUGUGCGACUUUGGCCUGUCCCGCUACACCAAAGAAGGCCGCUUCAACGAUCACGAGGUGCUCUUCACGUCGCUGGCGGGUAGCAUCGAUUACCAGGCGCCGGAGGUGCUGAAGGAGCGCGGCUACGAGGGUAGCGCGUGUGACAUGUGGAGUUGUGGAUGCAUUCUGUUUUUCAUGCUGUGCGGCUACCUGCCCUUCACCGACCGGUCCGACGGUCUCACUCGCAAGCGCAUUCUGAGCUGCCAGUACAACAAGAAUAGCCGCUACCUUCCCGAAGGCGCGGCGGACCUCAUAUCGCGCCUGCUCGAGCGCUCGCCAUCGACGCGGUACAAAACGUCCGACGUGAUCCAGCACCCGUGGUUCCGCGUGAACAUCGACCCCGAGCUUUUCCCCAAGGACAAGGUAGAGCCGACCCCGUCCAGUCCGAGUGGCAAGGAGUUCAUCCAGCGCGCCAUCACGCCCCAGGCGAGCAGUUCCAGCUUCACAAAUGCCACCGAGCUGACUCCGACGACGCAGAAGGCGGACGAGAUCCACCAAGCGUUCCAGAGCUGCAACGUGACCGGCGACGGCUUCCUCAACAAGGAAGAAGUCCGCGACGCCCUCAUCAAGCUGAACGGCGACGUGGAGGUGUCGGAGCAGGAGGUGAAGGAUUUCAUGGAGAACUUCCAGCUGGACGCCGAGGGUCGAAUUACGGAGGAGGACUUCGUGAUCGGCUGGACGAAGCACCAAAACUCACUGGGCAAGAAAUACGACAUUGCGAAGAUGGCGCAUCUCUUCCACUACGACUUAGAAAAGGAAUUCCUGAGUGCGCUCCGCAAGGCCUUCGACUCCGUCGACGCGGAGCACUCUGGCACCAUCACGAAGCAGAACCUGAAGAGCUUAAAUUUGGGUCUCACCGACAAGGACGUGGAGUCGGUCUUCCGUACCAUCGACACCGACAACAAAGGUCUUCAGGCCCUCACGUUCGAGUUGUUCGUGGGUCUUUGCCUCAAGUACGACUUCUUCAAGAACCACCCGCUAGCCAUCCGCUUGCGUCGCCUGAACACCUUCUUUGAGGUCACCGAGCACGCCGCCUUCCGUACGUCGCUCAACACCGGCUACACCGUCUCGGGUCAGCGUGAGGUGAUCAAGGCCCUGCUGUUGAGCAAGCAAGAAUCCUUGGCGACCAUGUUUGAGGAGGGCGACGUCAACGGGUUCCUGUACGGCACCCAUUCCCAGGAGUCGAAGAAGGUGCUGGAGGUGGGUGUUCGCCUCCUGCCAGCCGCCGCCGGGUACACAAAGGUGAUUGCCUAUCGUAUUGGCGGUAAGACGACCGAGUUCCACAAGUGGUUUCUCAAUUUACGCAAGCUGAUGAAAGAUGAGCUGCUGCGGUGUGAGGAGGAUACCGCCGUAAAAGGUGAGCCGGAGCUGAUGUAG